AUGAUGAUGGCGUUGAAAGUUCCAGCAACAGCAGUGAAUCAUCUAGUGGAGACUCGAGUGAAUCCAGCACCGACGAUUCAUCAGAAUCUUCUGGCACGGAUACAAGCAGUGAAGACCCGACAUCUCUCACCAAACAACCCAACGAACAUCCGACUCAAGCAAGGAGCGGAACACAAGAAGUGGCGGAAGAAGACGCCGGAAAAGACUCUAAAGACAAGGUGUGGGAGGAGCUUCAGUACUCGGGGUGCUCUCAAAAUACACCAGCGCAUUCACACUGGAGAGAAACCAUAUCAGUGCUCACAGUGUGGGAGGAGUUUUAAUCGACAGAGUAAUCUCAAAAUACACCAGCGCAUUCACACUGGAGAGAAACCAUAUCAGUGCUCACAGUGUGAGAAGAGUUUUUAUACACAGAGUAAUCUCAAAAUACACCAGCGCAUUCACACUGGAGAGAAACCAUGUCAGUGCUCACAGUGUGAGAAGAGUUUUAAUACACAGAGUGAUCUAAAAAAACACCAGUGCAUUCACACUGGAGAGAAACCAUAUCAGUGCUCACAGUGUGGGAAGAGUUUUAAUCAACUGAGUCAUUUUAAAAGACACCAGCGCAUUCACACUGGAGAAAAACCGUAUCAGUGCUCACAGUGUGGGAAGAGUUUUAAUACACAGAGUGAUCUCAAAAUACACCAGCGCAUUCACACUGGAGAGAAACCAUAUCAGUGCUCACAGUGUGGGAAGAGUUUUAAUCGACAGAGUAAUCUCAAAAUACACCAGCGCAUUCACACUGGAGAGAAACCAUAUCAGUGCUCACAGUGUGAGAAGAGUUUUUAUACACAGAGUAAUCUCAAAAUACACCAGCGCAUUCACACUGGAGAGAAACCAUAUCAGUGCUCACAAUGUGAGAAGAGUUUUUAUACACAGAGUGAUCUCGAAAUACACCAGCGCAUUCACACUGGAGAGAACCCAUAUCAGUGCUCACAGUGUGGGAAGAGUUUCAGUACACAGAGUGAUCUAAAAAAACACCAGCGCAUUCACACUGGAGAGAAACCAUAUCAGUGCUCACAGUGUGGGAAGAGUUUUAAUCAUCAAAGUCCUCUCAAAAUACACCAGCGCAUUCACACUGGAGAGAAACCAUAUCAGUGCUUACAGUGUGGGAAGAGUUUUAAUCAACUGAGUCAUUUUAAAAGACACCAGCGCAUUCACACUGGAGAGAAACCAUAUCAGUGCUUACAGUGUGGAAAGAGUUUUAAUCAACUGAGUCAUUUUAAAAGACACCAGCGCAUUCACACUGGAGAAAAACCGUAUCAGUGCUCACAGUGUGGGAAGAGUUUUAAUGCACAGAGUGAUCUCAAAGUACACCAGCGCAUUCACACUGGAGAGAAACCGUAUCAGUGCUCACAGUGUGGAAAGAGUUUCAAUGGACAGAGUGAUCUGAAAAAACACCAGCGCAUUCACACUGGAGAGAAACCAUAUCAGUGCUCACAGUGUGGAAAGAGUUUUAAUCGACAAAGUGCUCUCAAAAUACACCAGCGCAUUCACACUGGAGAGAAACCAUAGCAUUGCUCUUAGUGUGGGAAGAGUUUUAUUACACAAAGUAAUCUUAAAACGUAUCUGAUUGUAAAAGUGAAAUCUUAAUAUCACUAACAUAAUAACAGAACAAAAUCUAAAUACUGAUUAUAUAGAUUAAACAGCUCUAAUACACAGAAAUCAAUACAUAUGUGAUUUAAACAUGCAGUACAAAUGUUCUUUAGCUUUGUGUUCAGGAUAUUGGUAUAACAUCAUUCUUAACACUAUAUCUCCAGUUUAACACAGUAUUAAAAUAGAAAUGAUACAUAACUGGUAGACUUACCCGGACAGUCUGUCUGAGGAUUUUAUUCAUAAACAUUACAACAUGUUGGAUUGUCUUUGCUAGAAAUCACUUAGUUCUUUUCCAAAUUGGAUAGAUCUGAGAUAAAGCAGACCCUAGGCAGGAGGGGGUUCUUUAAAUGCAUGAAGGCCUCAGCAUAAAAUUAUACAGAUAAAGAGAGAAAAAUAAAGAAUAAUUCAUGGAAUAGUCCAGUCCAGUUCUCAAACUGUGGUAUGCGUACCACUGGUGGUACGUGAAGCAGCAUGAGGUGGUACGCCAGAUAAUCUCGGAAAAGUAAUUACAUGCACCGAAAAAAUAAAUCAUUUAAUAAUUAUUAUUAAAAAAAAUAUGAAACUAAAUGUGUAAAUUACUAAUAAAAUCUGUUUCAAAGUUCUUAUAAUUCUAUUUUAAUAAAAUCAGUUGAAUUAAAA